GCUGACUUGACUUCAUUUAUGCUUUGGUUGGUUUGCUGGUUGCCUUGGUGAACUUUGCUGGGUCCGCACCGACCGACCGCACAAGCAAUCCUCAUGAGCCCUCAGUAGCUAGACUAACCACACCACCAUACAGCGAAGUUCGCUACAAAGCCGUACGUAUCACAAGACGAAAUGUGCAUCGCAUCGAUACUCUACCAGCAGGCAAGCGACGCAUCGAUGCCGGUGCCGAAGACCAGGCAGACACUCACUUCUUCCUUGUUCUCUCCCUCCUGUCCCUGCCGGCCUUUCUCUCUGCCGCCUGUGGGGGUCCGCUCCCCAGCGACAUGGAGCGACCCACACCCAGAUCAGGCAGGUUGGUUCUCGGAUACCUGUGAACCACACAACGCAUACCAUACACCAGCCGUCGCCAUGUGGUUGCUUUGGGAGGGUGGCCACUCACUUGAAGCAGUGCGUCUCGUUGAAAAUGCGGAAGCUGAGACACACAGCAUCCAUCAAGGGGAGAUGCAGACAACAAACAGCAGUGGACAUCACCACAGCAGUGACAAACUUACUGCUCCAGCAUGGGCAAGUACUCGAUCUGAUCCUUAGGCCGCCAUUCCUGCAAACACGCAGAGCAGAGGCGAAUCAACUGCCGGCCAGUCGACUGGCGUGCAGUAUCUCCCGUGUGCUGAUGACUGACUCUGUUUUGUUCUAGGCACUGUUUGUGCAGGCUGGCCUCCACACGACACUGCAGCAUCCUCUUCCCGUGACCAGCAGUCCGAUGGCUGCACACACACGGACGAUGACAACGACAGGCGCAUCACGCCACACCCAUACAUAUUGCAGGAUGCAUCUGUCUGCAGCAGUGCCUGCCGACAAUCAGCUCACCCUCUUAUGCAGUACAAGUAGUUCUUCCUGCAGUGCAACAAGACAAACAACACAGACCACACGAAAACAAGCAAACAUUGUAGGCCCUCCCUUUCAGCGGUCCGGCACGGCCUGCCUGCCAUGUGUGUCUGUCCGUGUCUGCCUGUCUGUCUGUCUGUCUGUCUGUCUGUCUGCCUACAGGGUCUUCAUGCACGGGUGUUCAUCUGAGGGGUCCCCCUCGCUGCGUUGGAUGCGGGCGGUGAUCGUCUUGCCCUGCCAGUGCUCGGGCUUCGGAAACGCCUGAUACAACUCAAACACAGGCUGCAGCAGACGAUGCGAACGCCGCUUUGAUGCGCCGUUCAUACUCCCAGGGGUCUUCUCAC